AUAGCUACAAGUAACAAAAUGCGAAUAAAAGUAAUUUUAGUGGAAGCCAAUGCUAAAUUAUAUGUCAGCUGGGACUCACUGUGCAACUAGACCAUGGAGAAUGGAUCCGUGGUGACAUCAUUCGUAUUGAUGGCAUACACUGAACUGGAAGACCAUAGAUAUUUAUACUUCACAGGUUUCCUGUCAUUGUUCAUCCUUAUGCUAUUAACAAAUGUAAUUCUUCUUUCAGUAAUUUAUAUUGAAACAGGUCUCCAUAAACCCAUGUAUUUUUUAUUGUGUAACUUAGCAGGGAAUGGAAUUUAUGGCACUAUAUCUUUAUUACCAGCAGUACUUGGUAAUUUAAUGUCUCAUACUUAUGAAAUAUCUCUGGCUGCUUGUCUUCUACAGAUCUUUUGCAUACACACAUAUGGUGCAGUUGAAUUUAGCAUUUUAGCAGUGAUGGGCUAUGACCGAUAUGUUGCCAUUUGUCAUCCACUACACUAUUACCAACUAAUGUCUCAUAGAAAAGUGUGCACACUUUCUGCAUUGUCCUGGAUUUAUCCUUUUACACUUUUUGGACUCUAUUUCAUAUUCACAGUACAGUGUACUUUUUGUGACAGGAUCAUAGAAAAAGUGUAUUGUGCCAAUUUUGCUUUAGUCAAACUGUCUUGUUUUGAAACUUCUAUUCAGAGCAAAGUUGGCUUUGUUGUAACUGUUUUCAUAAUUGUCCCACAGCUGCUCAUGAUAUUAUUUUCCUAUGCACAAAUACUCAGAAUCUGCUUGUUUGCUUCUAAGGAAUCUCAGACCAAAGCUCUUCAAACUUGCACCCCACACUUACUGUCUGUGAUUAAUUAUUCUGUGGGAUGCUUAUUUGAGGUUUUCCAGACUCGUUUCAACAUGAGUCAUGUACCUCAAAAAGCUCGCAUAUUCGUGUCUCUUUACGUUCUGAUAUUUCCCCCAGUGUUUAAUCCUGUCAUUUAUGGAAUUAGCAUUCAAGCCAUCAGGGUUCAGAUUUUCAAACUGUUCAUUGCGUGUAAAAAUAAGUUAAAUCCACUGCAGGUGAUGACGUAGUUUCAUAAAUGUUUCACUUUUUUAACACAUUGUUAAGCCAAUAAUGAGUUCAAAUGGAAUUCCACUGGGUGAUAGGCUCAAUAAAAUGUCUGGACACUGGUUGUUUUGCAGCAGGACAAGAAAACUGUUAUUUUUACCUGUAGAAUUCAGUCCCUUUUCCCAGGUAGUAAAUUUUGCCAACUUCUUGCAUAUUUACAUUUCACACCAAGAUACAUUGCAAUACAUUGGGGAAAUUAAGUUGGGCCUAUCAGGCAAAUCUUGUCAGGAGUAUUUUUAACUGAAUGAUGAAUGAAGUUCAAUGGGCAGAAAUUAAACAAAAAUUAAACUAAAAGUAAACGUAUUGUCAUAUUGUUAAAGAAACAUCAACAUCAUAAUUAAGUUACACUGUAAGGGAAGCAAAUAUCUUGAUCAUGUCUUGAUCACGCCACAUCAAUACGGCGAUCAGCAUGAGAAGCAGCUCACAAUAACAAAAAAUAAAAAGGCAUGUGUCUGUUUUGUUUGCCAUUAUUCUGUUGUAAUAAACUCACUUGCAAUAAGAACUGGAA